AAAACUGCCAUUUGAUAGUGGUCAGUCCGGAGGAUGGAUGUGGCACUUGUGCUAUUUUCAGAGUAACUUGGACCAAGCCUUGUCCUUAAGGGUUUGGAAUCCCCCUGUCUUUUGGUUUGGCUUCUGUGUGGCUUGUUGAUUUGCUUUACAGCUGCUUCUAGGGUCUGGAGAGUUCUGAAAAUUUUCUUCUGAGAUGAAUAUUAUUAGAAAAGCAUCAUUACCAGAUCGGACCAUUGUCAGAAUAGCCGCUCACUUACCAGACCUCAUUGUCUAUGGAGAUUUUACCCCAGAGCGUCCUUCCACAGAGUAUUUUGAUGGAAUCCUCAUGUUUGUGGAUAUUUCAGGUUUUACAGCAAUGACUGAGAAAUUCAGUACAGCCAUGUACAUGGACCGAGGAGCUGAACAGCUGGUGGAUAUUCUGAAUCGCCACAUAAGCGUCAUAGUGGAAAAGGUGCUGAUUUUUGGAGGAGACAUCUUAAAGUUUGCAGGAGAUGCAUUGCUAGCCUUGUGGAAGGUUGAGCGAAAGCAACUGAAGAAUUUUAUAACCGUGGUGGUUAAAUGCAGUCUAGAAAUCCAUGGAAUUUUUGAAAAUCAAGAAUCUGAAGAAGGCCUGGAUAUCCGAGUCAAGAUUGGACUGUCUGCUGGCCACAUUAAAAAACUGGUGUUUGGAGAUGAAAAAAGUUAUUUUCUGGUGAUUGGUCAGGCUGUGGAAGACGUCCGCUUUGCACAGAGCAUGGCACAGAUGAAUGAUAUUAUUCUGUCACCAAAUUGCUGGCAACUCUGUGACCGAAGUAUAAUUGAAAUUGAGAGGAUUCCUGACCAAAGAGCUGUUAAGGUUAACUUCCUGAAGCUAUCUCCUACUUAUAAUUUUGAUGAAUUUUUCAUGAACUGCAUGACCUACAUGAAAUACUAUCCUUCAGGUGAUCACAAAAACAUUCUGAGACUUGCCUCUAAUCUGGAGUCUAACUCUGACCUGGAGCUCUCUUUACAAAAGUACAUCAUGCGAAGUAUUUUGAAGCAGAUUGAUGACAAGCAGCUGAAAGGUUAUUUGUCUGAACUUCGACCUGUGACAAUUGUGUUUGUCAACCUGCAGUUUAAAGGGAAGGAGACUGCCGAUGAUAUCGGCCAGGCCAUCCAGGAUUCCAGUGUGUACAUUGACUCUGUCCUGAAGACCUUCAAAGGCCAAAUCAAUAAGGUCUUUAUGUUUGACAAAGGAUGCUCCUUUCUUUGUGUGUUUGGUUUCCCUGGAGAAAAAGCACCUGAUGAGAUCACCCAUGCUUUGGAAAGUGCAGUGAUCAUAUUUGACUACUGCUCUCAGAUCUUCAAAAUCAAGAUUGUAUCCAUUGGAGUGGCCAGCGGAAUAGUGUUUUGCGGAAUUGUCGGCCAUUCUGUGAGACAUGAGUACACAGUCAUUGGUCAAAAAGUCAACAUUGCUGCCCGGAUGAUGAUGUACUACCCUGGCAUCGUGACCUGUGACUCUGUGACAUACAGCAAUUGUAGCCUUCCCUCCUAUUUUUUUAAAGAGCUCCCAAAGCAGCAUAUGAAAGGUGUUGCAGAGCCUGGACCAUUCUAUCAGUGCCUGGGCCUGAAUGAGAAAGUGAUGUUUGGUAUGUCAUCUCUCACCUGCAGCAGACAUGAGGAUUACCCUCUCCUGGGACGCAAUAAGGAGAUCAGAUUGUUUCUGUAUAAUAUGAAGCAAUUUUUGCUGGCGAAAAGCAGCCAAAUUCUAAUGUUUGAAGGUGUAACAGGAUACGGAAAAAGCCAGUUAGUGAGUGAACUAGGUUAUCUGGCACAAUCUGAAGACCACAGGAUCAUUGCUAUUGGACUGACUAAGGUCAGCAUACAUCAGUAUUUCUACACCAUUCAGUUACUCAUGGGCAGUGUCCUGGGCCUUGAUACCUGCAAACAUUACAAGGAGAGACAACACAAUCUGGAGGGGAGGGUCCAGAACUGUUUGGAUGAAAAGUUCUAUUGCAUCCUCAAUGACAUUUUUCAUGUUCAGUUCCCCUUGACAAGGGAAGCUUGCACAAUGAGUGGAGAAAAAAAGCAAAAGGAAAUAGAAGAAUUGUUUAUGAACAUCCUAAAGGAGACAAGUAAAACUGAAAAGCUGAUUUUCAUUAUUGAUGAAGCCCAGUAUAUUGACAUAAUCUCUUGGGAAUUCUUGGAGCAGCUGAUCCAGAAACUCAAUGUGUUCCUUAUCAUGUCACUGUCUCCUUUCGUUGACGCCCCCUGCAAAUCUGCUAAUGCCAUCAUGAAGAAUAGGAAUACUACCUAUGUCGUCAUUGGUGAGAUAAGUUCAAAAGAUAUAAGAUCCAAGGUCUGUCUUGACCUCAAUGUGGCCAGCAUCCCCAAGGAGCUGGAAAUGUACCUAGUGGAAGGAAGCUGUGGGAUUCCACUUUAUUGUGAAGAACUGCUGAAAAAUCUUCACCAUCACAAGGUACUCAUCAUUCAUCAGUAUCAACCAGAAGAAAAAUCCAAUGUGAGCUGGCAUACCCUGUUCAAAAACUAUACUAAGCCCCAGAUGAACUUAAAUCUAUUUUCUUUCUCAGCCAAUGAGGAUAAAGUACAAGUAUGUGACAUUACCCCUGGUGUCAGAUUAAAAAAUAUGUCACCCCCAUCAACAUUAAAAGAAAUUUCCCUUGUUCAGUUGGAUAGCAUGAGUCUUUCUCAACAGAUGUUGGUAAGAUGUGCUGCCAUUAUUGGACUAACCUUUACUACAGCACUGCUUUUUGAAAUUCUCCCUUGUUGGAACAUGAAGAUGAUGGUUGAAGCCCUAGCAACUCUUGUUCAGUCCAGGAUCUUCUAUUGCUUCCAGAGUCAAAAAAGUCUUCGAUUAACAGCCAAACGAAAGGGUGCCACUUUUGAAGUCCAUCAUCGUUCUAUGGCUUUGAAAAGCUCAUCAAAAAUAGCAGGUAGAGAAGAUGAAGACAUGUGCGUAAUAGAAAAUGAAGUGACUCAAUGCCGCAUCAUGAGAUUCUGUAAACCCAUAAUGCAGAAGACAGCCUAUGAACUAUGGCUUAAGGAUCAAAAGGCAGCUCUACAUGUGAAAUGUGCCCGCUUCCUAGAGGAAAGUGCUCACAAAUGUGAGCACUGUGGAAGUAGAGACUUCAUCCCCUUCCAUCAUUAUGCUGUGGACAUUCGGCUCAAUACCCUAGACCUGCAUACAGUUAGGAAGAUGAUUCAUACCCAUGCAAUUAAAAGGACAGAAGAGGUCUUUCUAAGCAAAGGAAGACUUUCAAAGAAAUUUGAUAUUUUGAGAGACGAUCUCAGCCCUGAAGAAAUAGGAGAAAAGAUCUUGUAUUUCUUUGACAUCACUUUAAACAAAAUAACAGCAGCUGAUGAAAUACUCACCCCUAUAGAAUCUUGUCAGUGUCAGGAGGUACUGGAAUUUGUUUUAUUGCCUCUUGCCUACCAUUUUACAGUUCUAGAAGAAUUGGACAAAGCCUUAUAUUACUACCUAGAAAUUGUAGCUGGUUAUAUCGGCCUAAAUGAUAACUAUUUGGCAUAUAUACAUUUGUGUGAAGGAGAGAGGUUGUUAAAAUCUCUGAAGCAUGAUAAAUCUUGGUGCCACACUUUUGAGUCUGCCAUUUUUUACACCCUCAAGGGCCAGGUCUCCUUCAACGUGGGCCAGAUGACACUUGCCCAGAAAAUGAUGAGGAAAGCACUGAAGUUACUAAAACGGGUCUUCCCUUACACUUGCCUUGCAGUUCUCCUCCAGACUAAUGUUGAAAAAAACAAACAUGCCUUUCAUAUGAGUCAACAGGAAGAGGAUGUCACUCCUCCAGGGAAGAAAAAAUUGGCUCAGCUUCAUCAGCAAAUCUCUUGCCUGUCCUCAUUAUGGCAGAUCUACAGCUUGGAUUAUGCUUGUCAUUGCAAAUAUUUUGCUCACUUAGCUGCCAUGAUGCAAGUGAAUUCUGCACUGGAAACUCAAGACAACUUCCAGAUCAUUAAAGCCUACCUGGACUACUCAUUGCACAGCCAACUGGCAGGUUACCAGGGAUUAUGGUUCAAGUAUGAAGUCAUGGCCAUUGAGAAUGUUUUCAACAAACCCUUGAAUAGAGAGACUGUGGAAAUAAUAGCUUAUGUGGCAGAAAAAUUAUCUUACAUCAAGUAUAUGAUGGGUUACCUAGACCUGUCCAUUCAGUUAGGCUUCCGAGCACAUGGGAUGUGGCAGUUAAUCAAGGAUCCCAACAGGCACUAUUUCGUCCUUCAAAGACUCACUGUUGCUCUCUUUCUGAAAAAUAGAUAUCAAAAAAUGAUUGAAGUGAUGGAGUGGAUGUGGUCGUUUGCUACCAUCGAGGAGCAUGCCAUCAGCCAAGGACUUUUCUAUUUCACCUGUCUAGAUAUCUUGCUUUAUGCUGGCUUUAUUUAUAGGACCUUUGAAGAAUGUCUGGAAUUCAUAAACGACCGAGAAGAUAACAAAAUCCUCAAAUUCCACAGUGGCCUGUUACUGGCUCUUUAUUCGGACGUGGCAAUCUGGUUUGCUAGACACGAGGAGUGGGAAAAUUUUGAAGUAUUUUUCAACAGAGCUAAAAAGCUGGUCCACAGAAGGACUCCAUCAUUCCUUUUCUGUGAGGGAUUUAGUAGGUACAUGGAAUGCCAAGUUCUUUGCCUCCAAAAACAAAUUCAAGAACAAAUGGAGAAUGUCCAGGACAUUGGAGUUGAACUACUCAAGAAUCUGGAGAAUUUGGUAGCUCAAAGUUCUACGGGUCCUAUCUUCCACCCAAGAAUUUACCACUUGAUGGCUUAUGCAUGCAUACUAAUGGGUGAUGAGGAGAACUGUAAUGUUUUCCUGAGAACAGCUUUACAGAUCUGUGAAGUCCAAGGAAAUGUACUGGAAAGAAGUUGGAUAAAUAUCAGCAAAAGAUGGUGGUACUCUGAUGAAGUAUCUGAGGAAGACAGCUGGCUUCAAAUAGUCUUGCGUCUUCCAAAGUGGAACGAAAUCGAAUUUGAUGACAACAAAAUAAAGAAUGUUGAACAAAACAAAUUCCGAUUUAAAAUUACUAUCAUGGAUAACUACUAGCAUUUUUAUGAGCAAGAUUGAAGAACUUGGAAAGUAGGUCAUUUUCAUCAUCCAAAUAAUUUCUAAGCUUCCUUUCUGGGCAUGCUGAAUUCUCCUAGCACUUACAUAUUGUUUCUGUUUGAGCAUUUUUGCCUUCCCAUCUCUUUGAGGGUAGAGGGGGAAGACAGGGUAUAAAAGCUCCAUAUUUUGUCAAUUUCUCUCUGUUAAUUGUUAAAUUGAUAAAUUAUUAAACAAUUUAUAUAUAGUGUAGACUUACAAAACAAUCAUAAUUCGUUUCUUCAGAAAUGUGAAAAAGAUAAGUAGUCACAUAAGAAAUAGCUCCUACAAAGGUGAUGAUAGUAUUGUACUUGUCUGUAUCAUAUUUGUGGGAAUAAUAAAGACUUUGAAAUGAAAAAAAAA